AUGUUCUGAUGUUCUGAUGUUCUGAUGUUCUUAUGUUCUGAUGUUCUUAUGUUCUGAUGUUCUGAUGAACUCUGAGCAGAAUGGACCGAAGCUCGAACAUCAGUCAUUAUGAGGUGAGCAGCAGUUUGCUCCACAGUGGACCCACAGGGUUCUCCUCACCCUUCAGAUCCAGGACUCAGAGACUUCCUGGGGCUGAGAACCAGGUUCCGGGUCCCGGGACCUACAGUCCACAUCAGUCGGCGCCCCUGGUGAAGAGGACCCCCCUGCUGAGGCGGAGCUGUUGUCUGGUGAUAGCUCAGCCUGCUCAGGUGGUCCAGAAAGACCCUCCUGUACCGGGUCCUGGGACCUACAACGUAGGAGGUUCUGACCCGUCGUCCAAACAUCUUAGGUCCACGGCUGUGUUUGCUUCUGGGACUGAAAGAAUACCCCAGAACCUCCAGGACGAGACAACACCUGGACCAGGAUCCUACAAUCCAGUCCUCCUGUCAAAGCAGAGCUUCCUCUACGGACCCACAGACUGGAUCCCCAUCUGAUCCACCAUGGACCACCAUGGACCAUCUGAUCCACCAUAAACCAUCUGAUCCACCAUAAACCACCUGAUCCACCAUAAACCACCUGAUCCACCAUAAACCAUCUGAUCCACCAUAAACCAUCUGAUCCACCAUGGACCAUCUGAUCCACCAUGAACCAUCUGAUCCACCAUGGACCAUCUGAUCCACCAUAAACCACCUGAUCCACCAUAAACCAUCUGAUCCACCAUAAACCAUCUGAUCCACCAUGGACCACCUGAACUGGACCCAUCCUGUCUACUUUUAUAAAACAGAUUCUGGGUCUUCAUGUUGGCAGAGACCAGAAGAAGAACGUCCUGCUCUGAGGAGAUCUGAGCCAGCAGAGUCCAGAACCAGCUGAGAGGUCAGCUGCUGCAGGACAAGACCAUGAGUCAAGGGAGGGCAGUGGGACUCAGGAGGACAGGACUGUGGGACUCAGGAGGACAGGACUGUGGGACUCAGGAGGACAGGACAAUAGGACUCAGGAGGACAGGACUGUGGGACUCAGAAGGACAGGACUAUGUCCCCCAGACACGGAUCAUUUCUGUAAAGGUUCAGGUCUUGGUCUUUACUGUCAUCUAGUGGUCAAAUUAAACACUACAACCAGCA